AUGAAAAUUGUAGGCGCAAUUGUAUUGUUUACGUUACAUUUUUCUAAUAUAUAUGGAGCACGAAUUUUGGCUGUAUUUCCAGUACCAUCGAUAAGUCAUCAAAUAGUUUUUCGUCCAAUUAUUCAAGAACUAUUAAAACGUGGCCAUGAAUUGGUUGUUAUUACUCCUGAUCCUGCAUACACUGAGAACAAAACACCGGUCAACUUAACGGAAAUUGAUGUACAUGAUUUAUCAUACUCUACGUGGGAGAGAUUUAUUCAAAGAUCAGAACAUCCUAAAAGUUGUUGGGUCGAUAAAGUGUUAUUCAUUAUAUCUGUAGUAGAACAAGUUUUUGAAAGACAAAUGAAUUCGCAAGUAGUUCGAGAAAAUGUACUAAAUGGCAACGAGAAAUUUGAUCUUAUACUAGUGGAGGCUAGUGCAAGAAUGACUCUUGGUCUAGCUCAUGUUUUUAAAGCACCUGUGAUUCAAAUAAGUUCUUUUGGUUCGGUUGUCAAAAAUUACGAAGCAUUAGGGACACCGUUUCAUCCAUUUUUGUAUCCAAGUGUAUUCAGAUAUCGCAUAUACGAUUUAAAUAUUUGGGAAAAGUUUGCAGAGUUGUAUAAAGAAAUAAAAUUCCACUAUAGUCUUCAGAAUAGCGAAAUACGUGAGAAUGAAGUGAUGAAGCAACUUUUUGGAGCAGAUACACCAACACUACAUGAAUUGUAUCCAAAAGUUGAAUUGUUACUAUUAAAUGUGCACGCGAUUUGGGAAAACAAUCGUCCUGUACCACCGAACGUUAUAUUUUUGGGUGGAUUACAUCAAAAUGACAAAAAAGAAUUACCAAAGGAUUUACAAACAUAUCUCAAUUCCUCUGUAAAUGGUGUAAUAUAUGUUAGUUUUGGAACUAACGUGAGGCCGUCAUUGCUUCCGUUAAACAAAAUGAAAAUAUUAACCGAAGUGUUUUCGGAAUUACCAUACGAUAUCAUAUUCAAAUGGGAUAAAAAUGAAUUACCUGGACGGAGUGGAAAUAUAAAAAUUUCAAAAUGGUUACCGCAGGCUGACUUGUUAAGACAUCCGAAGAUCAAAUUAUUUAUAACUCAAGGUGGUCUUCAAUCUACAGAUGAAGCGAUAACUGCUGGUGUUCCAUUACUAGGUAUACCGAUGUUAGUAGACCAAUGGUACAAUGUUGAGAAGUAUGAGAAAUUUAAAAUUGGACGUGGUCUUGAUAUGGAUACACUUAGUAAAGAAACUUUAGCAGCUACUAUAAAACGAUUGGAACACAUCGUGUCGUAA